CAGCACUGUGGAGCUCAAGUUCUUACAUAAUGAGCAAAAACUCACUGCUGCAGGAUGCUGUGCAGAGACCAAAGUCCCUCCCCUCAAUUUUACGACUUCUUUUUCACAGAGUGAGUGAGUCAGUGUGAGAGAGGAUGUGGAAGAAGGAGUGGGGAUGCUUGCGAGGCUGUCUCGGCCAGAGCUUGAAAGACACGCUGGGGACUCAUCGCUCAGACUUUGCACUGUGUAAACGUGACAAAAGUGCACUUUUUUUCUUUUUUGGUCAGGUACAAAGAAUGGAAGAUAGUUCUGUGGUGGAGCCACCAUCAUCUAAACAUGAAUCCAGAAGCUUCCAAUACAAAUUUUUGACAAUCUGAGAAAAGGUAAGAGAUUUUGAGAUGAUGAAAAUGUCCUUGUCUCCUGGAAUGAAGCCUCGGGAGAAUGUAGAUAUGAUGUACAUCUCCAUUGAGGCAGCGAUUGCCUUGGCGUCUGUGCUGGGAAACGUGCUAGUGGUGCUGGUGGUGUGUGUAAACCGAGCCCUCCGGAACACCACCUUCUGCUUCAUUGUGUCUCUGGCGGUGGCUGACAUCGCUGUGGGGGCUCUGGUCAUUCCUCUGGCUAUUAUCAUCAGUCUGGGACUUAACACUCAGUUCUACACCUGCCUCUUCCUUUCCUGCCUCCUCCUCAUCAUCACUCAGUCCUCCAUCCUUUCACUGCUGGCUAUCGCCGUGGACCGAUACCUGCGAGUGAAGAUUCCCACCAGGUACAGCACCAUAGUGACCCAAAGGAGGGCCUGGGUAGCGGUCUGCCUGUGCUGGAUCCUGUCCUUCCUCACAGGAUUGGUUCCUAUGAUCGGCUGGAACAACAGUGAAGCCCACAGAAACCUGAGCAAGUCCGACGACAUUGUCUGUAAAUUCACCUCGGUCAUGAGCAUGGACUACAUGGUGUACUUCAACUUCUUCGGCUGGGUGGUCACGCCGUUGGCUAUUAUGAUCACUCUUUAUGCGGAGAUCUUCAGGGUGAUCCGGCGACAGCUGAACCGGCGUGCUGAGGCCACGUGUGAUGGGGAGAGGUACUAUCAGAAGGAGCUGAAGCUGGCCAAAUCACUGGCCUUGGUGGUCUUCUUCUUCACCGUGUGUUGGCUGCCGCUGCAUGUCAUGAACUGCAUCAACUUCUUCUGCUCGGACUGUCACAUGCCCAAGCUGGCCAUUUACGCAGGAAUCUUCAUGUCCCAUGUGAAUUCCGCCAUCAAUCCCAUGAUUUAUGCAUUUAGGAUAAAACCAUUCCGUGUCACGUUGAUUAACAUCACUCGGCGAUGCUUGUUCUGUAAGUCCACAGAGCCCACCCAGUGUCCCACGAGCACACCGGCGCUGACAGACAAAAUGGAUGUAAAACUAUAAAAUUGGACUAUAAUAUUGGCAAAUUCCCCUUGAACUUGUGGGGUUACAUGAUAUUUGGAACUUGGACUUAUGUAGAGACACAGUUCUGCAUUCCACAGAGUCAUGGGACACAUUUAUUUCAAACUCAUUCAAAUCACUUUGGUUCUGUUGACAUUACCAGCUGAAGUGCUCAAAAUCACAUUUUUACACCCAUGCUCUGUACGGCAUGAGGGGAUAUUAAACAAAAUAACUUGAAGAGGGUUAACCAAGGAUAAAAUGAUUUGAUUUUGAGAUUAAAUAAGGUUAAAAGUUAGUGUCACAUGCCAAGGUCAAAAUGUCAGUCAUGUGCUUAUAUGUAGGGGAUGGCUAUUUGGACGAACACAACAUGACAUUACAUUUCGCCUUUCUAUUGACCGUUUAACUUAUGACUGUGGCUGAUUUUCAGAUGUCACAUUCAAGGUCACAAUAAGUAAGUAAGUACAGUUAAGUAAAGUUUGUUUAUAUAGCACCUUUCCAGAUAAAAAUCACAAAGUGCUUCACAUAAGAACAAAGAAAUUACAAACAGCAGAAACAGCAGAGUUUCAACAGAGUCCACAGAGCGGAGGCCCAAAGGCAGUGCAUCCCACAUUUUAGGUGACACCAUCUUGAAUGCACAGUCUCCCCUGGUCUUCAGUCUUGUCCUAGUCACAACCAACAGCCCCAGGUCCGAAAACCUCAGAGGCCUGCUUGUCACAUACAGGUGUAAUAGUUUGGUGUUAUAAGGUGGCAUUUGACCGUACAGAGCUCUAAAAGUCAGCACCAGAAUUUUAAAUUGGAGUCCGAAAUUGAUGGGGAGCCAGUGCAAAGUGGAAAGAAUCUGUGUUACAUGUGACCUCUUUGAUGACCCCAUAAGAAGCCUUACAGCCAAGUUCUGGACCAUUUGUAAGUAGUCCAGAGAGGACUUGCUAAGGCUAAAAAACAGUGAGUUACAGUAGUCCAGACGUGAUGAGACAAAUGCAUGAAUAAUCAUCUCCAACUCAGCCCUAGACACAAUGCUAGACGAGCAAUAGUAUGCAAAUGAAACAAAAAAACAAAAUUGUGUCAGGCGGGUAACAUAUGCGUCAAAACUGAGGGAAUGAUUGAACAUAACAUCCACGUUUGUGACUGCUGGGCAAGCAAAAGGGGCCAGAGAGCCAAGGUUCCCAACCACAUUGGCAACAAACUCAUCAGGGCCACAAAGAAGGACCUCGGUUUUUACUGUGUUAUGGGACAGGUAGUUAGCCACCAUCCAGCCUCCAAUAACCUCAACACAGCUCUGAAGAGCAGGUACCCUAAACCGUUUGAGGAGUAAAUUAAAUAUAUAGCUGGAUGUCAACUGCAUAACAGUGGUAAGAGACAACUUUAAAAGAGCUCAAGACAUGACCAAGUGGGAGCAAUUACAGAGCAAAUACAACCCCAAUUCCAAUGAAGUUGGGACAUUGUGUAAAG